AUGUCUGUCGAAGAACGUAGAUCAGAAUAUGGAUCUCUCAGUGAUGUUGUUGAACGCUCUGUUCUUCUCAAGUCUCUUCGGAGAUGCGAUGUGCCUUCGGGGCAAAUGUUGAACACCAUCUCCUUCCCGGAGUAUCACAACAAAGAGCGUUUGGAAACUCUUAGGGACAUGAUUUCCUCUGUGUUGUACGACGAUGGAUCUGAUCUGGAUCACUCAUUCGAAUAUUAUGCUCAACUAGUUGUGCGGCUUUGCAAAAGUGGUCUGGCAGAAGAAGUCGCCAGUACCCUGUUUCGCCAGCUCCAUGAUUAUAUAGAAGAACAUGGUGUCAACGAUCUUGCUCGCAAAGCUGAUAGCAUGGAGCCACAGAACACCCCUCGCGAUCUGGCAAAAAGCUGGGAAAAUCUCAAGAGAACUUUGGAUAAGCUGAGCAGGAUCUUUGUAUACUUGGAGAUGAACUAUCUGAGACCGAAUACUGAGCUCAAUAAGGAUGCAUGGGCCACAUUGUUGCCAUUACGUGAAAAAGGGUAUCUCAAAUAUCCCAGGAUUGAAACCUACGGACUUCUACUUUACUCCUCGGCGUUUGGACCUUCCGAGAGUGGGCUUUCAGUUGAACAGAUGAUGGGCAGAAACUAUUUGGAUCUGGUGUUCCUGGGACUGGCAUAUAACGGUUCGGAAAUGUUUCAGCAAAAUAAUGAUGUUACACCCGAAUCUUUCUUUGAAUAUCUGAGUUCCGUGAAAGAGAUUGACAACUACCAACGACUGGAGUUGUACAAUCGACUGCCUGAUCUGUUUGAAAAGAUAGGGUAUAAAAUGCACUUCCAACUAACUGACGAGAACCCAUUGGAGGAAUAUAUGACCAAGACUGAUGCAAUUUUGAGGAGCAUGUUCAUGAUGGCCGGAUCAAGGUCAGUGUUAAGGGCUUACCGGCGCGAUAUUGUUAACGCGAUGAGAAGAAGCAUGUUUGAGAACGUAUUCGACGCUAUUGAAGAACAGCUUUUGCCCCAGUGGUUUGUCAGCGAAGACCCACAACUGGAAAUUGUAUAUAAAUAUUGCAUGAGGGCUGAAGGUUUGCUUCCAACGCGACUUUUGGACUCGUUCACGGACCACGUCGCGCGACUGAUGAAGGAACUUUUUGAAAAAUACAACGGGGAUAGCGACUAUGCCGAAAGACACAACCUGCCAUUGAAACUCAACGAGAUGACUCAGCGUCUGACUUCUCUUCUGGAAAGUUAUUUCGUGGAUGCAAGACCUGAUGCCUACCACGAGCCAAGACGGAAUGUCUUUGACCAUAAGCUCAAGAUGACAGUCAACGACAUGCUGGAAUCUCAAAGCGAGCUGUUCAACGAUUGUCUUUUGAGAUUCUUUGACCUAUAUGCAAGAGGGCUGAUAUUCAAAAACGGCAAAGAACAGGAAAGCAACGUUCUCCGCGGAUUGGAACAUUUUCUGUCGCUUGGGUUCCUCAAGGACUCACUGGUGCGUAACUAUACAUCCCAACUCUCCAGAAGAAUGCUGAUGUCUUUUGGCACCCCCACACUUGAAAACGAGUUUAGGAUUCUGGAGUUGUUCAAGGAGGUUGCAACGAGAGAAGAAUGGACUGGUGUUGAGCAGAUGUUGAACGAGAUCUUGGCAUCGAAGCAGCAGUUCGACUCGUUUGAGAAAUGGAAGUUACAUCAGAACAUUCCCUCUGUGAAGAGCUCUGAUCUGACCAUACUCUGCCUCAAUCCUGAAAGCUGGCCUCGUGUCCAGUCAUCCCCAAUGUUGAACCUCCCGGAGGAGAUCUCAAAAGAGCUGGAUAACUAUAAUGUCUUUUUCAAAGGAAAUUUUGACUCCAAGUCGCUUGCUUGGGCAUAUUCGUUGCACAACGUGAGCAUAAAUGCUAGAUUUGGUUCUGGGAAUCACCUCAAACAGAUAGUCUGUCCCUCGUUCCAUGCAGUGACACUAUUGGCAUUCAACGAUCAUGAACAGCUUGCAUUCGACCAAUUGUUACAAAUCACCGGAAUGGAUCCACAGAUGCUUCGCGAAGUGAUAAAUGUGCUUACGACGGGCCGCUACAGAUUGCUGUUGCGAUUGGAAAAUGGAAGCUACAGUGCCAACGAUGGAUUCAAGGAAAAGGCCAAGCGGAUCACGAUCAAGAUGACCAAACCAACAAAACGUCAAGAUCACUCGAAAUCAACCGCAGCAACGACGAGCCAGAUAAUAGAAACAGACGAUUUCUUGCGUGCAAGUAUUGUGAGGUUCAUGAAGGCACGGAGAACUGCCACUCACUCAGAGCUGAUGGAGGGAUUGAGAGAGCACUUGCAAGAGCGUGGUCGUACUAUCAACGGUAUCGAGGAUGUCAAAAGAGCUAUCGAGAGUCUCGUGUAUCAAGAAUACAUCACGAGAAAUGGCUUGGAUAGCUAUGACUAUGUCGCUUAA